AUGGAGAAAUUUCACAACCUUUUCCCACUUGGACUACUUGUGUUGCUAUGCUUUCUUUCAGCUUCCUUCGCCAUGUUCCCGACCAAUAUUACCACUGAUCAGUCAUCUCUUCUUGCCUUCAGAGCUCACAUUUCGGUUGACCCUCUACAAAUCUUGGCCAAAAACUGGUCUGUCAGCUCUUCGGUCUGCGAUUGGAUUGGAGUCUCUUGUGGCUCUCGGCAUCGUAGAGUGACUGCCUUGGACAUUUCAAAUAUGAAUCUUUCCGGCACCUUACCUCCACAACUGGGAAAUCUAUCAUUUCUCGUCUCUCUUAACAUGAGUAUGAACAAUUUCCAUGGAGAGAUGCCGCAUGAAAUUGCUCGUUUGCGCCGAUUGAAAGUACUUAUUUUGGCCAUCAACAAUCUCAAAGGAGAGUUACCCUGGUGGAUUGGUUCAUUUCAUCAGCUUCGUCACUUGAAUCUUAGAAACAAUAGUUUCACUGGUCUAAUCCCUUCUUCCAUCUCGAACAUGUCAAACCUACAGUAUAUAGUUCUUUCUAACAACCAUCUGCUAGGAGACAUUCCCACAGGGAUUUUCAAUAUUUCCUCGCUUCAAUUCAUUGACCUUAGAAAUAAUGGCCUGUCUGGAGUUCUUCCAAGUGACAUGUGUUACCAUCUUCCUGGACUGAGUAUCCUUUCCCUAUCAUUUAACAAGUUAUAUGGUGAAUUACCAUCAAGUAAUUUAGCUCAAUGUUCAGAACUUCGGGUGCUGUCUUUGUCUUACAACGAAUUUGGAGGUUCCAUACCAAAAGAAAUUGGAGCACUGAAGAAGCUUGAGGAGCUAUACUUGGGUUACAACUAUUUAGAAGGAAACAUUCCUAUAGGGAUUUUCAACAUUUCCUCGCUGCAAAUCAUUGACCUUACAAAUAAUGGCCUGUUCGGAGUUCUUCCAAGUGAUAUGUGUUACCAUCUUCCUGGACUGAGUUUUGUUGGCCUAUCAAAUAACAAGUUAAAUGGUCAAUUACCAUCAAGUAAUUUAGCUCAAUGUUCAGAACUUCGGGUGCUGUCUUUGUCUUACAACGAAUUUGGAGGUUCCAUACCAAAAGAAAUUGGAGCACUGAAGAAGCUUGAGGAGCUGUACUUGGGUCACAACUAUUUAGAAGGUCAAAUUCCAAAAGAGAUUGGUAAUUCAACUAUGAUUAAAUGGCAACAUUUUGGAUACAACAACUUAACAGGUGUCAUACCACGAGAGAUUGGUAACUGGUACUUUCUCCAACAACUCAACUUACAAUUCAAUAGCUUAACUGGUUCCAUACCAAUGGAGAUCUUCAACCUCUCAAAGUUGAGCGCGAUGUCACUUUUACAAAAUCAACUAUCAGGCAAUCUUCCAUCAAUAUUCGGUUAUAGGCUUCCCAAUUUAGAAUACCUUGAUCUCGGCAUUAAUCACCUUUCUGGAGCAUUACCUAGUUCAAUCUCAAAUUCUUCUAAUCUCCGUCGCAUAGAAUUGGGUGAUAACAAGUUCAUGGGUCCAAUUCCCACUUCCAUGGGAGAUCUGAGGUUCCUUGAACUGCUGGAGCUAAGUGGCAACCUUUUAGUGAGCGACUCCUCAUCUCCAGAGUUGAGCUUCAUCACCUCACUGACAAAAUGCAAAUAUUUGUCAAUAUUGGUCUUGGGUGGCAAUCCAUUGAAUGGGAUCAUUCCAAACUCGGUCAGUAAUCUUUCAACUUCCCUUGAACAACUAAAUGCAACGAAUUGUAAAAUAAAGGGUAGCAUUCCUGAUGGAAUUGGAAACUUGACAAGUUUGAUCAUAUUAGAUCUAUCAAACAAUGACUUAAAUGGGUCUUUGCCAGCUACAAUAAAAGAUUUGCAAAAGCUUCAAUACAUGGAUCUCAGUAUGAACAAACCAAUUAGCAGAGUUCCCCUGCAUUUUCUUUGUGCUCUCAACAACUUGGAUACAAUGAACCUUGGACAAAAUCAAUUUAUGGCCUCAAUUCCAAAGUGCCUCGGAAAUCUUACUUCCCUAAGGCAUCUUGACCUAAGUCACAACAGACAAUAUUCUGCUCCACCUGAGGAAAUAUGGAACCUAAAAUAUCUCUUGGAGCUUGACCUCUCCUCAAAUCUGCUGAGUGGAUCUUUGUCGUAUGCUAUUACGAAUAUGAAGAAGGCAUAUUGGGUAGAUUUGUCAACCAAUCAGUUCUCAGGUGGCAUUCCUAACUCAAUUGGAGAUAUGCAGAACCUGCAAAAUCUUUCUCUAGCACACAAUAGAUUACAAGGAUCAAUCCCAGAAUCGAUUGGCAAGAUGUUAAGCUUGGAGUCAUUGGAUCUAUCACAUAACUUUCUCUCUGGAUCAAUUCCAAUGUCAAUGGAGAUCCUUCGGUAUCUUAGACAUUUCAAUGUCUCUUUUAACAAUUUAAGUGGUGAAGUUCCUUCCAGAGGGCCUUUUAUCAACUUCACUGCCGAAUCCUUCACUUCAAAUCAAGCCCUCUGUGGAGCUCAAAGGUUUCAUGUGCCCCCAUGUCCAAAUAAUUCAGCUCACAAAUUGAGAACAAAAAAGUUGCAUCAAACAAUUUUUAUUCUACUGGGGGUGAUAAUAGCAGCGGGAGUCUUGUCCUUUGGAUUUGUUUACCUAAGAUAUCGAAAGAAAGAUACACUUUCCAGUGGAGCAAAUUUAUCCUUAGUUGCAAUGCCAGAAAGAAUUUCAUAUUUUGAACUUCUACAAGCAACUAACAGGUACAAUGAAAGCAAUUUGCUGGGGGCUGGAAGCUUUGGAUAUGUUUAUAGAGGUACUCUUGAUGAUGGAAGGGAUGUGGCUGUUAAAGUGUUCAAUUUACAAGUCGAUGGAGCGUUCAAGAGUUUUGAUGUAGAAUGUGAGGUGUUGCGCAAUCUUCGCCAUCGAAACCUCACAAGAGUCAUUAGCAGCUGCUCUACCCCUGAAUUUAAGGCAUUAGUGCUUGAGUUCAUGCCGAAUGGGAGUCUUGAGAAGUGGUUGUAUUCGCACAACUAUUUUCUGGAUCUGAUGCAGAGAUUGGACAUAUUCAUUGAUGUGAUCAAGACAUGGUUGCCCAUCUAA